GAAGAAGAAGAAAAAGAAGAAGACGAAGAAGAAGAAAAUGAUGACAAGCAGCGACAACUUUUAUCUUUUUUAAAAACUUUUAUCGUAAUGGAGGACUUCUGACUCCACGCUGCCAAGCUGCCAACUUAUGGGCUGGAUAGUAUUAAAGACACUGGAGAAGUCCAGGAACAGGAUCCUCACAGUGCCAUCUCCCUGGUCCAGGUGUGAGUGGGCUCAGUGCAGCAGGUAAAGGAUAGCAUCCUCCACACCAACGCCUGCCUGGUACGCAAACUGCAGGCUGUCCUGGGAAUGUUGCACCUGUGGUCUGAGGAGGCUGAGAAAAACAGUAGAUGAGAGCUGCAUGCUGAUGUCCACUUCCUGCCAUGGACUCGGAGCUGCUGAUUGGUUGGCCACUGGAGAGGGUGGGGCUCCAACAGGAAGUGCGGCGGCUGCAGGAGGAGCUGGUAGAGAGUCGGGCGGAGAAGGAGGAGCUGGCGUCCAGGAUCCGGGCCCUCACUGAGCGUCUGGAGCUGCCCCCCUCCCCCCCGCAGCAUGAGGAUCAGCAGCACAUGGAGUGCAGGAGGCAGGCGCGACACGCCCGGGAGAGAGAAGCACGCCAGGCUCUGCUCCUCCACCGCCUGCAGAACAAGGUGUUGCAGUACAAGGAUCAAUGUCACAACUUGGACAUUCACCUCAAACGACUCCUAGCACAGCAAAGUUCCGGUGACCACUGUGGGCCCCUGGAGAGCGCCCUCCUCAGGCUGGAAGAGGAACAACGCAGGUCUGCUGGCCUGGCCGAGACCAACACCUUUCUCCGCCAACACCUGGACCAAUCAGAGCAGGUCAACCAGGCCCUGAGAGAGGACAUCUGCAAGCACACCUCCACCUGGACUGCAGCUCUGGAGGAGGCCCAGCUCCAAGCCUCCACUUGGCAGAGGGAACUGGAGCGUAGUCAACAUGUUGCGUGUGUAGUGUGUGUCAGGUCACAUGGCUCGGCAGCAGGCUCAGACCUUGUGUGUGUGGAGGACCACCAUGGCGCUCAGACAAGACUGUCGCUCUGUCAAGACCGCCACCGACAGGUCAUGGAUCUGUUGGAGCUGAGGGCGGAGCUCUCCCGUCUGUCCCUGUCCAUCCUCUCCAGCUUUGAGUCCUCCUCCUUGAACCUCCUCAAGCUCUCCCCCCUCCCUCCUCCGCCUUCGGACCUCCUGCCCUCAAUCCUCCCCCCGCUCCUCCUCCCGCUCGCCUCCUCCACCUCCACCCUCGGAACCUUCACCGUGGGCGAGCUGGAGGCGGAGCCAGAGGACAGCAUGCUAGAGCACAGCCAAGCAGAGACAAGCCUGGAAAGUGUGACUAAGGCCAUCAUCAAGCUGUCUCGGGUGUUGAACAUCAGCGCCCCGCCACGCCCCGGGCACGCCACCUCCUCCCUGCUGUCCGUCCUAUCCGACACUGAGAGCGCCCUCCACUGGAGGCACCAGGAGGCGCAGAGGGCGGAGCUUACUAUGCGACGGCUGACCGAGGAGAAGACCUUGCUGCAGACACGACUGAAACUGCUGGAGGACGACAACCAGCAUCUUCACAAAAAUGCACUUAACAGAGAUCAGGAGGCCACAUCUAAGCGGCAAAGACUGGAGAGCGAGCUUCACCAGAAGGGAGAGGUGGAGCUUCAUAGCCAGGAAGGAGUGGUUCACAGCAAGGAGGCGGAGUUUCAGAAGAGAGAGGCGGUCCUCUGUCAAAGAGAGGUGGAGCUUCACAGCAAGGAAGGUGAGAUGCAAAGCAAGGAGGCGGAGCUACAAACGAGAGAGGCGGCACUUCGCAGCAAGGAAGGUGAGCUGCAAAGCAAGGAGGCGGAGCUACAAAACAGAGAGGCGAAGCUUCGCAGCGAGGAAGAGGAGACGCAAAGCAAGGAGGCGGAGCUACAGAAAACCGAGGAGGUGGAGCGUGGUCGUGAGGGAGAGGAGAAACAACGCAAGGAGGCGGAACUACGGAAGAGGGAGAAGGUCCUCCGUCAAGGAGAGGUGGAGCUUCACAGCAAGGUAAAGGAGACCCAAUACAAGGAGGCGGAGCUACAGAAAAGAGAGGAGCUCCUCCUUCAAAGAGAGGUGAAGUUUCGCAGCGAGGAAGAGGAGACUCAAAGCACAGAGGCGCAGCUACAGAAAAGAGAGGCGGUGGAGCGUGGUAGCGAGGAAGAGGAGAAACAACGCAAGGAGGCGGAGCUACGGAAGAGGGAGAAGGUCCUCCAUCAAGGAGAGGCGGAGCUUUGCAGCAAGGUAAAGGAGACACAAUGCAAGGAGGCGGAGCUACAGAAAAGAGAGGAGGUCCUCCUUCAAAGAGAGGUGGAGUUUCGCAGCGAGGAGGAGGAGACUGAAAGAAAGGAGGCGGAGCUACAGAAGAGAGAGGUGGUGGAGCGUGGUAGCGAGGAAGAAGAGAAACAACGCAAGGAGGCGGAGCUCCGGAAGAGGGAGAAGGUCCUCCGUCAAGGAGAGGUGGAGCUCCGCAGCAAGGUAAUGGAGGCACAAAGCAAGGAGGCGGAGCUACAGAAGAGAGAGGCGGUCCUCUGUCAAGGAGAGGCGGCGCUUCGCAGCAGGGAGGAAGAGGUUCAGAGCGAGAAGGCGGAGCUAAAGAAGAGGGAGAAGGUCCUCCUUCGAAGAGAGGUGGAGCUUAGCAGCGAGGAAGAAGAGACGCAAAGCAAGGAGGCGGCGCGAGAGAGCAGAGAUGGGGUGGAGCGUCGUAGCAAGGAAGUGGAGCUACAACGCAAGGAGGCGGAGCUAAAGAAGAGGGAGAAGGUCCUCCGUCAAGGAGAGGUGGAGCUUCACGGAAAGGAAGAAGAGAUGCAACAAAAGGAGGCGGAUCUACAGAGGAAAGUGGAGGUCCUCCGUCAAGGAGAGGUGGAGCUUCACAGCAAGGUAAAGGAGACCCAAUACAAGGAGGCGGAGCUACAGAAAAGAGAGGAGCUUCUCCUACAAAGAGAGGUGGAGUUUUGCUGUGAGGAAGAAGAGACGCAAAGCAAGGAGGCGGAGUUACGGAGCAUAUAUGAGGUGGAGCGGGGUGGCAAGGAAGAGGAGAAACAACGCAAGGAGGCGGAGCUACGGAGGAAGGAGAUGGUCCUCCGUCAAGGAGAGAUGGAUCUUCACAGCAAGGUAAAGGACACACAAUGCAAGGAGGCGGAACUACAGAAGAGAGAGGCGGUGCUCCGUCAAGGAGAGGAGGAGCUUUGCAGCAAGGAAGAAGAGUUGCAACAUAAGGAGGCGGAGCUACAGACGAAAGAGGAGGUCCUCUGUCAAGCACAGGUGAAGCUUGGCUGCAGAGAGAAAGAGGUUGAGACAAAAGAGGCGGAGCUACAGAAGCGCGAGGAGGUCCUUUUUCAGGGACAAGUGGAGCUUGGCUGCAAAGAGGAGGAGGUGGAGAACAAGGAGCAGGCAUUACAGAAAAGGGUGGAGGUCCUUUGUCAUGAAGAGAUGCAGCUCCGCAAUCAGAAGGAUAAGGUGGAGAGCAAGGAGGAAUCGGAGCUUGACAGCAGGAAGAAAGAAAUCCAGAGAAAAGAGGCGGAGCUCCAGAAGAGAGAGGAGCUUCUCGGUCAAGGAGAGUUACAACUGUGCGGGAAGAAGGAAGAAGUCCGGGGAAUGGAGGCGGAGCUACAGAAGAGAGAGGAGGACCUCUGUCAAGGAGAGUUAGAACUUUGCCGGAAGAAGGAAGAAGUCCAGGGAACGGAGGCGCAGCUACAGAAGAGAGAGGCGCUUCUUGGUCAAGGAGAGUUAGAACUUUGCCAGAAGAAGGAAGAGGUCCAGGGAAAGGAGGCGGAGCUACAGAAGAGAAAGGAGGACCUCGGUCAAGGAGAGUUAAAACUUUGCCAGAAGAAGGACGAGGUCCAGGGAAAGGAGGCGGAGCUACAGAAGAGAGAGGUGGUCCUCUGUCAAGGAGAGUUAGAACUUUGCCAGAAGAAGAAAGAAGUCCAGGGAAAGGAGGCGGAGCUACAGAAGAGAGAUGAUGACCUCCGUCAAGGAGAGUUAGAACUUUGCAGGAAGAAGGAAGAGGUCCAGAGCAAGGAAACAAAGUUGCAGGAGUUGGAGGAAGAGCUACAUGAAAAAGAGGAGGAGGUGAAAGGGAAGGAAGCAGGGCUACAAAAGUUGAGGGAAGCGCUUUCUCAAGAAGAGGCGGAGCUUAGCCGCAGGGAAAGGAAUAUGCAAACCAGGGAGGAGGCGCUACAAAAAGGGAAGGAUGAGCUUCAAAGAACAAAGGUGAACCUGCAGGGCAAGGAGGAGCAAGCGAAGGAAGGAGAGCAGGAGGCAGAGAAGAGGAUUAAUGCUGAGCUGCUGGAGAAAGAAGACAUCAUCAGCGACUUGAAGGGGGCGCUGGACAGCCAACUGCGGGCCAGGGCAAGGGCAGAAGAGGAAGCAGCCGACGUCAGAGACGCUCUGCUGAAGCGCUCCUCUCAGCAUGCCUCGGUGUUGGAGGAGCUGAAGCAAGCACAGAAGGACCUCCAGCUGGCGGCGGAUGACAUCGCCAGGAUGGAGCGUGUGCACAAGGAGCAGCAGAUGGAGAGCAGCAGGCUCCAGGAGGUGCAGGCUGCUUUGCAAAGGCAAGAAGAGCUGCAGGAGGAGCAGGCGCAGGAGCUCAGGUCUCGCUCAGCAUCCCUGCUGGAGAAGCUUCAGGAGCUCCAAACGCAGCUGCGCCAGGCCCAGGAGGAGCGCUCUCACCUGAGCGCGCACCUGCACACGCUGCAGGAGGCCAAAGACGCACUGGGCGGCGAGGUGCAAUGUCUGAGGGAGGAGCUGCACCAGGCGGAGAUGAGGGCCAGCAGGAUGGAGGAGGAGGAGAAGAAGAGGACGGCAUUAAAGGAGGAGUCUGACUUGGUACAGGAGGGAGAAAGCAAACAUGAGACGCCGAUGAGUGCUGUCAGAGAGGUGGAGGAACAUGUGCAAGAAUGCCAGCUGGAGGAGGAGGAGGUCGGAAUGGAGCAGCUGGAACUCCUGCUGACAAAAACACAAUCCCUGGAGAAGGAAGUGACCCAAUGGAAGGAAAAGGCCAAGCAGAUCUCCUGCAUGCUGGAGGAGCGGGAAAGGGAGGUGCAGCAGCUGAAGAGCAUGUUGACGGAGAUGGAGGGGGAGAAGAAAGAACAUGUGCGAGAAUACCUGAGCUCGGAACAGCAAGAGGAGGUAACGAGCAAUCUGGAAGAAAAGGAGGUCAGAAUGGAGCAGCUGGAACUCCUGCUGAGAAAAACACAAUCCCUGGAGAAAGAAGUGACCCAAUGGAAGGAAAAGGCCAAGCAGAUCUCCUGCAUGCUGGAGGAGCGGGAAAGGGAGGUGCAGCAGCUGAAGAGCACCUUGAUAAAGAUGGAGGAUGAGGAGGACAGGAUGAGAGAAGUGCAGAGGAGAAGUGACGAAGAGCGGAAGCAGCUGGAAGUCCAGUGUGAGAACAUCCAAAAAGAGAUGGAGGAGAAGAGGAAAAGACUGUGGGAGUUGGAGAGGAGGCUGGAGCAUGAAGACUUGUCAGACAAGGAGGUCCAUACAGCCGAGGAGGAAUGUGUUCCAAGAGAGGAGGAGUCACAGCAGACUUUGGCGAGGGAGAAACAGAAAGUACAAGAUAAGCUGCGGAGGGCCGAGGAGGAGGUGAAGGCUCUUAGAGAGGAUUUGGCAAGGGAAGGAAGAAGGAGACAGGAGGCGCAGCAGGAGCUGAGAGGAGCACAGCAUAUGGUGGAGGUGAUGGAGCUCAAUCUGAAAGCCCUGGAAAAGGAGGUGAAUGACAAGCAGCAGGCCAUGGAGGGCGAGUACCAGAAGAUGACCAGCCUGAAGCAACUCUUGCAAGAGAGCCACGACCAGGGGGAGCGUCUGAGGGGCGCCCUGGAGGAGGAAAGGAGGACCAGCCACGAUAGAGGAGUGGCAGCUGAAGGGCUGAAGGCCAAGCUGAGGGACCUGCAGGAGAACCUGGGACAGGUGCAGCAGGACAGGAGGAGAGAGGCGGGAAAACGAUCGAGGACAGAUGAGGAGGCCGAGCAGGUGAGGACCGAUGAAGAGGAGGAGACUGAGCAGGAAAGGACCUACACGGUGGAGCAAUGGACGACAGACGAUGAAGAGGAGACGGAGACGGAGCAGGAGAGGACAUAUGAGGAGGAGCAAUGGAAGACCGAGGAGGAGAAGACUGAGCAGGAAAGGACCUAUACGGUGGAGCAAGGGAUGACAGAGGAGGAGAGGACAUAUGAGGAGGAGCAAUGGAAGACAGAGGAGGAGGAGAAGACUGAGCAAUGGAAGAAAGAGGAGGAGGAGAAGACCGAGCAGGGGAGGACCGAUGAGGAGGAAAGGUGGAAUACCGAGGAGGAAAGGACCUAUACGGUGGAGCAAUGGACGACAGACGAUGAAGAGGAGGAGAUGGAGCAGGAGAGGACAUAUGAAGAGGAGCAAAGGAAGACAGAGCAGGAGGAGGAGACGCAGCAGAGGAGGACAUAUGUGAAUGAGGCCGAUGUUGAGAGCUGUGUGGAGGAGGUGCAGGAACAUGAAGAGUCCCCAGCCAGAAGCAGCAUGGAGGACAUGAGGAGGCGAGACAUGCAAAAGGAGGCCCAGGUGCUGGUGUCCAGCAGGAGGACAGAGGAGAGCAAGGAGGACCUGCAACAAAGCAAGAGGGAUCCCAACCACUUCCUGCUGUCUUUAGACCACUCCUUCCGCCAGGUGCACAGCCCUGAAGGGGCCGGGGCUAAGGGCUUGAUAUUUCAGUGUUGUGUGGCCCACCUGGAGCUGAAACUGGAGCGAGCCCAGAGGACAAUCCAGCACCUGAAGGACAAGAACAAGAAAGUGAAGACUGAGAGGGAUAUGCUGAGACAGGUGUGUCAGCUGCACGUGUCACUGGCACUGGAUAACCAGCAGAGGGCGAUGUUGCUCAGGAAGAGUCCAUGUCCUUAGACCCUCCUCCAGGACAUGGAUGCAUCAGCCAUGUCCUUAGACCCUUCUCCAGGACCUGAAUGCAUCAGCCAUGUCCUUAGACCCUUCUCCAGGACCUGAAUGCAUCAGCCAUGUCCUUAGACCCUUCUCCAGGACCUGAAUGCAUCAGCCAUGUCCUUAGACCCUUCUCCAGGACCUAAUUGCAUCAGUGGCAGCCCAAUAAGGUCUCUUCUGAGACCCCAGGGAGGAGGAGGUGGAGGAGGAGGAAGAGGUGUCCCUCAGUCAAUCCUGGCAAGGAACUAAAAAGGACAUUUUAGUACAAGGUCAUUCUGCCUGCCCGCCACACGGUGGCGCCACACUGCAGGUGGUCCUCAACACUUUGAGGGCACUGAGCCCUCCAAGUGGUUUCUCCACACAUGUAAGUAUUAUAUGUAUUACCUUUGUCUUGUCAUUCAGCUGCCACAUGUUACAUUUACUCAUCCCAAAAUGUUGCCUGCACAGGAUCAUUACUGACAUAUCUUAUUAUAACUGCAAUGAAUACCUUAUUUUCCAGAUUAUAAGGCGCAUAGAAUAGAUGCUACAGUAGAGGCUGGGGUUAGGAUAUGCAUCCUUUAGAUCCGGGGUCUCAAACAUGCGGCCUGCGAGACGUUAUUUUGCGGCCUGCACUUUGAUAUGACAAUUUAAUGUAUGUGCGGCCCGCAAGUUUAAUAUGAACUGAACUUGACAGCGUCAUACUUCCCAACAAUUUUCACGGGAGUUCCCUUAAUAUCAGGGUAUCCAUUCUCUGGUAAUCCCUGCCGAUUUUUACCCGAUCAACAAUACUCAGGUGGUGCUGCAAUGGCACUGUUCUUAACGCCCUCUGAUUCCUGUGCAGACAGCGUGCAAACCUAUUUGAUUGUUACAUUUGACUGAGCAGUACACAUGUGUGAUGUUACAAGACAUAUUUGGUCAACAGCUACACAAGACACACUGAGGGUGGCCGUAAAAGAAACUUUUAACACUGUUACAAAUAUGUGCCAGACUGUGAACCCACACCAAACAAGAAUGACAAACACAUUGCGGGAGAACAUCAGCACCGUAACACAACAUAAACUCAGCAGAACAAAUACCCAGAAUCCAAUGCAGCCCUGACUCUUCCGGGCGACAAUACACACACCCACUGUGGCUCCGAAAUGACAACACUGGCUCGGUUUCUUAAAGACGGGCUCUUUACUUGAGUUUUAAGCCGUGAAAACUACAGGACAAGACAUGAAAUACAAUAGUUUUAGAAAUACUUCAGUCCCAGGCAAACAAGGUGCCAAACAAAAAUAGCUACCUCGUGGCCGCCUGCCACUUCGGAGGUUCUUGGGCAGCAAACACUCCAAUGUUGUGCAACUACAUGAGCGUACAAAAAAUCAAACCAAUGCACACCACAAAUACACAGAACAUUUCAACACAAUAUGACAAAUGCCUUGUUCAGCUAGCCAAAUGUUCCCCACUGCUGCUGAUGGCCCAAAGUCCUUUGCAUGUCUGCAACUCCAAACACCACACCAAAUCUCGCGAGAAUAGCGGUGUGACAAAGAAAAUAAAUUGCGCCUUUUAUAGUAACCCAAAUGUGUCUUAUUUACAAAAAAUAUAACAUGACUUCAGAAAAAUAAUAAUUUACAACAAAAAAUGUUAAUCCUUAAAACAAAAAAUAUGAAGUGUAAGUUUUCAACAACACUUACACCCACGCUACCACCAACCCCCCACACCCCCCACCCUCCCUACUUGCGUUGGUUGAGGUUGUGUAUAUUGUCGCCCGGGAGAGUUUGGGCUGCAAGGUGUUCUGGGUAUUUGUUCUCUUGUGUUUAAGUUGUGUUAGGGUGCAGAUGUUCUCCCAAAAUGUGUUUGUCAUUCUUGUUUGGUGUGGGUUCAAAGUGUGGCGCAUAUUUGUAACAGUGUUCAUGUUGUUUAUACGGCCACCCUCAGUGUGACCUGUAAGUACGUCUUGCAGCCGCCAAUGCUGUUCUGCACAAGUCUCGCACAACAUGAUUUAGAGUUGUCACUUUAGUUGUGUUGUGUGCGCAACGACGAGUUGUAGAGCACUAGUUCUCUUAUAGAUGGUAUUUUACGUGAAGGUAUGCCAAGGGUUAAGUGAGAUUUAUCAAAAACAUUCUAAAAAAGAGCAGUCAGUCAUAAAUACUUUUAAUAAAUAUACUUAUUGAAUAACACUUCAACUAAAUAUGAAUGUAAGUUCAUAAAGUGUGACAAGAAAUGCAACAAUGCAAUAUUCAGUGUUGACAGCUAGACUUUUUGUGGACAUGUUCCAUAAAUAUUGAUGUUAAAGAUUUCUUUAUUUGUGAAGAAAUGUUUAGAAUGAAGUUGAUGAAUCCAGAUGGAUCUCUAUUACAAUCCCCAAAGAGGACACUUUAAGUUGAUGAUUACUUCUAUGUGGAGAAAUCUUUUUUUUAAAUUGAAUUACUUGUUUAUUUUUCAACAAGUUUUUUAGUUAUUUUUAUAUCUUUUUUUCCAAAUAGUUCAAGAAAGACCACUACAAAUGAGCAAGAUUUUGCACUGUUAUACAAUUUAAUAAAUCAGAAACUGAUGACA